CACGAAUAUGCGUUUCGCCUUUUACUAAACGCAUCCGUGCUGGGGGGCACUCACAAUGAGCCGUGAAGGUAUCACAAUGAUGUUGUGCGAUGAUCGCGUGCGACAACAACUGCAUCAUCUCAGUAUUGGGACUACUUAUAACCAGCGCGAAGACAAUCAUAUAGAUCACGGAAUGGGAAUGCAAGGCUCGAGAAGAAGUUCUGACCUAGCUUUAAACCAUACGGACAUGUUUGACCGAGAGCGUUUCAACAGGCGAACUUCAUCCAUUGCUACGGUGGAGCAAUUUGAAGCGCACUUAGAUUCCACAAAUUCAACUGGAACCAAAGCUUCAAAUCGAACGCUCGCAACUGCUGCAUAUAUCGGCUUACUGACAAUAAUCAUUAGUUUCGUGUCCGCUAUUAUACUGCUCAUAUCAUUUGGUACGGCUGAGUGGGAGUAUCUUUUGCUGGACCGAGAGGGUCUCCUUAAUAUGUCAGCCGGGGCAGCUUUGCCGGAGAACGUAUUGGCCGUUACCGCUGCAAACUGGUCUGAUCACGUCGUACAGGUGGAGGUAAAAAUUGUUGAGAAAGCUGAACCAGAGAAUCCAAACUCGGAGACGAGGCAGAAAAAUAAGACAACCUACCUUGUCAACCUACAGGCCGGCAUUUAUCAAGCGUGUGCCAUUCUGCCCGAUGAAGACCGUCUCUAUGCGGAGCGGAUAGAAGCGUUCCCUUCUUGUGUCUCCUACCUAGCUCUUUCUGAAGACCUUAAUCGCAAACAGCUUCUUGAUGUCCAUCCGUGGCUGGAAAAAAUGCGCAACCUGGCUAUUUCCUGUUCGUUGGUAACGCUUAUCCUCGUGGCAUCGACAAUCCUUUUGGGAGCCUUCGGCCUCCUAUUUAAGCAGCUUUCAGCGCUUAUGGUUACUGGAGUACUCUUUCUUAUGGCUGGGAUAUUUGGCAUCUUUACGUACUAUUUUAUGAUUUUCAGAAGGACGCACAUCCAGGGUGCGCAUACUGGCACACCGUACGAUCGAUUCCUAUUGCCCUCAACAGUGACUGAGUGUUCUUUGCUGUCGCGGUUUCGCCACUACGAGGGUGGCUGGGCAGCUCAGCUUGCCUCUGUGGGCAUUCUUCUCUGCUUCGUCAGUGCCGCGAUGUGGUUGUUAUUGGCCAGAUGCCUUAUUAGGUGUGUGUUUGUGUAUAUAUGCAUAUAUUAAUGAUGGCAUGUGCAUUCUAAUUAACGUCAACGCUAUACCGCAGCACCGUAUAAAUGAUCCUAUACCGCCUUAUCCGGGGCAAUGUAUUAUACUCUAUAACACCGCAUUGUAUGGAAUUGACUUUCUAAAAGAUAAAUAAUAUACCCUGUUAUUCACAAAUAACUGUUUACUGCUAUAGACUUUGGUAGGGUUGGAUCGAGGCGCAGCGGUGCACGUGGCCGGCCCGCCAGCUAAUCCGCUUGCUACAUGCCGCUAGAAUGGCGCUCAAUGCUCAUCAUCAGCACCAUCAUCGAGGAGCUCGGGUAUUGCCGAUGCCAAUCACCGUCGACGCCAUUUCCGGAAGUCAACUUCGGACAAUCCUAGAACAAACUUCCAACAACAGCCACACCGAUAUGAUCAGCAGCCUCGCGUGACGCUCAUGGCGUUUCUGCCAAGCCAUAUUUGACCACGCCGUUCCACUACAAGGCCUUUGAGACUGAUGAGAGUGAGGGCUGAGAGAA